CUCUGAGAAAUCCUGUUCCGGCAAUGUGCCCCUUGCUUUUAACAACCCGGGCACCCGCAAACACGGCAUCAGUAGCGAUUCCAACACACCCAUUUGCUCCAAGAUCCUCCACAACAAAAGUGUAUUCACCUCUGGGGAUGUUGGGAUCUCCCGUUAGUUUGAUUGCUUCCAACCGCCCUCGGUGUAUACGACCGAGCUGUUGACGCUCUGCCCAUUCCUUGUCCGUUUCGUAAUCGUUGCGAGAUAAGCCGAGUUCCUCAUCAGUAGCAGGUGCAUCAUCCGGUUGAUUUAUCAAGAGGAAUUCACACCCGUGGCCGCCAUAGUCUCCAACCCAAAUACCCCGCCAAGGCUUAUUAGGUGUUGGCGUGUAGAGGACUGGAUCGAGAGUCGAGUACGUAACAGUUUCCUCACCAAUAUGAACACUGACAGGGGCUUCGUUAUCAAGCAUAGAGUCAACGGUUGGCAUGCCGGGCAGGCCCUGCGGCCGCAUGUAGUGUGGUGGGACUGGACUGCCAGCAAGCUCCAUCCAUUGCCGAAUUCGGAAGGUCUGGUCCGAUACUUGGCUUCGCGAUCGCGGUUUGUCGUCUUGGUUUAAUGACACUAGUCCUUGGCCGGAUCGUGCACCAGAUACAUGAUGUCGAGCAGGAAUGGCUGGUGGUGGCCACACUCUAUCGUAUGGGUAGUUGCCUGCCAGGCGUUCGUCGGCAUCUGCCGAUGCAAGAGGGCGGGUUAACUGAAAGUUGCUAUACAUUCCACGCAUGCGCUCAUCGAGAGCCAUGGGCAUCUCAUCGGCGAAGCGGUUAGCACCGGGUCGCGAUUUAAACGCCUCAUUUGCCUCCUCUUCCUGCACGUGGAACUGCAGGAUUGCCUUGUCCAAGUGUAGAUUAAUUUUUGGUUCAAAUCCAUGAAUCACAACCUUAUCAUCUGCAGGCCAGUGCUCAAAGCUGUUUCCACUGCUCACAGCGAGCAGUUGGUAGCCUUCAAUGCAGCCCCGACGUGGGUCGUAACGCACUACGAUCAACCUUCCCAUCAGAUCACGAUCGCAGAACCAAAUUUUGUAUUUCGGAAGAAACCACACGCGGUCAUGCUUUGCAUAUAAUUCCCGGAAGCUUGCACAUGGUGAUGGACUCGUAAGCCAGACACCAGGAAUGUUCAUUUGAACGAGGCGGUGCCAAUGACCUUCCACAAGGGCGUGUUUUCGCAACGUCCAGCAUGAUGCUGAUACUGCCAAGAGGUCGUAGGCAGAUAGGUAUGUCAGGAUGCCAUGAAUAAGCUCAGAUGGGAGAGAAAAUAAUGGUGUUAGGGUUGCAGAUGCAUGAGAUUUAGGUGGCCAAGCCUCCACCUUGUCUCUGGAGGCAACAGUCAGGUCAUCUAGCAAAAUUUGGUCAGCCAAUUUAUGCGCAACAAAAGUACACCCUAUAAUACAGGGCAAAUAUCGACAAGUUGAGCCAUUUGAUUGGACAAGCUGUGAAAGUGAAGGCGAAGCAGGGAAUCUUACCUUUCAUUGGGUCAAACCACUUUUGAUCCGCAUGCGGACCUGGGACGUCAAAGGACACAGCAGGAAUAUCGCUAUACCGUCUGCAACGGUCAGCACCAGAGGAAAUAUCAACGAGAUAAUCCAAUGCCUCUUCAUCAGAAAAGUCGUAGCGACCAUAUACGCUGGCCAUUGUUUCGGCAAAAGUGCUGGUGUUGGAUCCGGUAGCUAGGGCAUCAGUGGGCGGCGAAUCAGUGGCCUCUGUUGUAAUGAUGGGCACUGUUCUCGAUGGAGGUGUCUCAGAUGGAGAUGCGUUGCCCGAAUUCUCCUGCGACGACAGCACCGCCAUACUUGUAGGAAAAGUGCCGGCCGCAAUGGAGCCGAUGCCACGCAGGGUUGAUGAAGUUGGAAGGUCGAAAGCGAUGCGCCUAGCAGCGACGUUUCGAUGGGGCACACGGCCUAGGGUGGACCCUGGUGGUAUACAGGGUCAAACUAUCGUGAGAUCUUUUGUGCGUUGCAGCCAGCAUGCGCCCGGCUUUUGGGGAUGCCUGCGAUACACACCGGGUAAAACUGCCGUUUGGCUGCAGAUGCGGCCGAGGAACCUCUGUUGUGCGAGAUCCGAGACCCAGCAAACAGGCAAGCUGCCUUUUUCGUCUAGUGUCUGCAGGCUGACCGCGGUGGCGCGCGUUAAUAAAAGAAACAAGCAAAUCAAUAACGCCAAGUAGCUGCAGGUUUCUGAUUGAUUGCUAUUGCAGCAAUGCGUCGGCCUGCGCUGGUGUUGACGAUGCGAGGAAAAAACUUCCUGGUGGCAAAGGAUCAACCGGGACAGUGUGGUUCCCUCGCGGAAGCGCUCCGAUGUUGGCAGGUGCGCCAGGUGGUGGUUCCUGGCAGGUGGCAGCCAGUUGGCCCGACUGGCGAAAAAAUUGGUUGGAGGGGCGCGAGCUUUGACAAAACGGAUAAAGAACAAAGACGCAGCAGAGCAAGAGAGAAAGAAAUCCGGAGCGACAAAUUUUUAUUAAGAGAAGCAGCUUCUGUAUGUUCUUCGUUCUCACGAGCAAUACCUUUUUCUGCGCUUGGUUUCCUUUUUUUUUUCUUUUUUGCUGAUAGCAGGCUGGGAGCAACGAGCGUCUCUUUCCAACACCACGGCGAUGGAUGCGCUGACUGAUCUUCAGUGAUUUGAAAUACUUAGCGGAAAAGGGGUAUGGUCAACCCUGAGCUAUGUGAGCUCUUAGAUCAGGCUAUCCCGUCUCUUGAGAUGAGAUGAGGUAAAAUAAACGUCUCCUCCAGGUCGACGUGUAUCGGGAUAUGGUGCUAAGGGCGUUUGGGCUGGCAACGUGCACUAGUUCUAGCACACGAUGCGACACAACCUGCGAAUGAUUAUGGCCAAGUGCCUAUAACUGGGGGAGACUGGAUGGGUCGAAGCUGUUAGCAAUGCCGUAAUGGGAAUACAGGCUGACCAGGGAGGUCCGCGGCGAUGUCUGCCAAAUAUGACGGGCUGCUUCGUUGCUGUGCGUAAGUGGUCUGCGAACGGGGCAAGGGCCGAGCAAACAGGUCAUUAUGUACCUCACAACGGAGGAAACCACCAUGGCAAUAAGGCGAAGCCAGGAAAGUCCAUUCAGCCGUGGCCCCCAAGGUAGUGCAGCAUACGCCUCUGUUGUGUUGGUUCCAUUACCUCCCGGGCGCCCCACCGCGAAAUAGGCAAUGGCGCCGAGUCUACGACCAUUUCAAUUACCAAUAGACUGCUUGUUCAAUACUGGGAGAAAGGAGGCGCUAUAGGUUGCCCACCUAGUGGCCAUGGCUCAAAGUUGUGGCUAGCGUACUAAUCUAGCCCGCUGGGGCUAACCCAAACGUCCGAGGGAGAAACUUCGCUGCUUCGGAUGUAAUUACGGAACCUUAGUUGGACCCGGUUGAGCAGGCCCUCACUGCCAACAAUCCUGCAAGUCCGCCUAGAAUGAAACGUAUGCUACCGACAUUGGAACCGUGGAUCCUUGCAUUUUUGACAUGCAGCAGCUUUCGAAGCGCGGCCCUUUUGCGCCAGACAUCCCUGGCCAAGUGACGGUGCGGACUUGAACAAUAUCUGCUCCGAAUCAUUAUCGACUGGAGCAAUUGUUUUCUGUACUUUCUAUUACGCUAACGCAGGAUUUGCCCACCUCCCUGUUCCCUAUAGGACCAACGCGCAACCUUUGCUAAUGGCGCCCACAGGGGGGUCUAUCUUGGCAAACAUCAGUGCGCACGGCUGGCAAUUGAGGUAUUCGAUGCUAAUAGGACGGGCAUGGUGCAUAACAUAAGGAUACCUGCCCAAAACGGAUAUCUGGCGACCGCGACUCGAUUGCUUGAGAAAGAUGUUACACAAUCAAUUUCGAGAGGAGUUGGGUCGGCCCUACAAAUACCUUAUUGCUACUUGCGUUAUCCCCUGCCAUUCUAUAUUUAGACCAACCAGCUUCCUCUUUGGGCUGGAUCUUGCGCUAGCUUCUCGCACGUAAAGACCCAGGUUCUGUAGCUGUGGUUUGCGCCGCCCACUCAAUGGCACCGUGGAGCCAGCCCGAUGUGACGGAGCUGACCGGCCACACUUUGUUGCUUGUGUUUGGUAUCCCUUUCUCCCCGAUGAACCCGGACCAGAUCAAUGUGACAGUGCAGUGGAGGACGAAAUGUAGGGGCUGCAUUUUGUCGCCCACUAGCAGACACAGGUAGUGCAAAAUGGCGAUCCAGGCACUUUUUCUUUUGACGGUAUUUCAACGAGACUGAGAGCCUCGUUUACGGGGACAAAAAGUCCCUUGUCCCUCCCUUGUUGGCUUGGUAUUUUUUUGUCACUCGCAGCUUGCCACCGGAGACCUGGAUUUCGUACAGCCUCGGGUAGGCCGUUUCGGCCACAAACGUGUGGCCGAACAAGCUCAACGCAGCGGCGCUGAUGGCCUUGUGGUCUUUGGAAGCACGACGUCAUUCGCCCCCUCAGCGCCUCAACAGCACCAAGGGGACCGUACGCCCAGAGUUUAUGUGGCCUACGAGCUAGAAGUUCCCCAGACCGCGAGAUUGUAACCACACCAACUUGGCACGUCAUUUUUGCUUUACGAGACCGCGCUCCUUCGGCAGUUGAGGGCAAAGAAACUGAGCGACUGGUUCGUGUGCUCCCUGGAUUACAAGCACAGGCUAAAAUGGCAAUUCAGAGGAUAAGCGGGAUAUGGGAUACUACAAGCAUGGUUUCGCCCUAGCAUAAGCGUUCUGGAAGCUAGAAGGGUGAGGCGGACAAACCUCCGCCGUCAGUUCUGCGGACUAAGUUACCCCACAAGCUGACAUUUCCCAAACGUUGCAGAACCCCAAUUGGCCAACUUUGUUAUCUUUGAAGUCUGGGGGUGGCGCACGCGUGGUGCACCCUGCAGCAUUCUAUUGUCUUGGAAUUUUGCUAGUCGAAUUACUCGUGGCGAUAUCGGAUAUCCAGCAGUUUGGCUAGCAACUCAAUCGCGGGUUAUUGGCCAAAAAAUGGCUUCAUUCAUUCCUAUCAUCUCGGAGAUUCUGCCGAUGAUCAUGCCCGCUUCCACGCGGGUAACAUCUGCAGAUGAGGUAUCACGAGCAGAGGCAACAAGUGAUGAUGCGGUCAUUGAACAAGCCGCUGUAGUUGAUCAAUGCGACAGCAUGUGCGCGUCUGUCCUUACCACGCGACCCAAAUGCAGUUCGUCGAUACGUCACAAUAGUGAACAAGAUGCUAUAAUCUAUGCUGUCUCCGGUACCGGUGUAUUGAUCGUCAAGGAGGGAUUCGAUGAUACAUUGAAGCGACAUACGAUCAAGCCGGGCGGAUUCGCCUUUAUUCCCGCCUGGACGGAGCACAGAAUAGAAAACGAAUCCGACGUUGAUGUCGUAUGGGUUGUGACGAAGAGCGGUCCUCGUCCUGUAGGCGCUGUUCUUCAGGAUUGGGGAGGUGAUGAGGUGCUUGAGGCGAAGAAGGCGUAGUAGUAAAGUGGUGGUGGCCGUGCAUACUGUAGUAUAUUCAAUGCUCUAGAACUACUCUAUUUGUGCCACACGCUCACGAAAUGCGCCCUCCUGAUCGUCUAUUAAGCCUUCAAUAAUGCGCCUGUAAUCUAUAGCACUAUCAAACACCUGCGCGUGAUCAAGUCGGGGAAACGUCAAAACUGUAACUUCUGACGAUGCACCAGUAGCCAGCUCCGGUGCUUCACCUGAUCUCUGGGCCAAAUACUGCGCUGCUGCCAAGGGAUCUAGAAUAAUGUCACGACCAGCCAGACAGACGGUCACCUUCCUUUCCAAGACUGGGAAAUUGUCGGCGGAGCUGGCAACUAGCUCUUCUUUCCAAGCAAUAUUCUCGCGCCAGAAGAAGUGUCUGCCGAGGCAGUUGGCCACCACGGGAUCCGUGCUGGCAAAGUACCAUAGCUGCCACUCAUUUGCUAAGCGAGGCGUGCGGCGCGUGAAGUUGUACGCAAUCGUCGGCAGAUGUAGCAUAACGCUGACCGGGUCAACCAGCAUCACUGAGCGGACCUGCUGUUGCAGAACAUGGUCGCUCAGCAAUUGCGAUGUUACAACCGAGCCGUAUGAGUGCGAUGCUAUAGUAAACUCCCGCCAGUUGUGAUGUUUGAGGAUAGUGCUGAUUUGUGCGACGAGAUCAUCCUUGCGCGGCAUCGGCUGCGUUAAGCGGAAGGAUAUAGGAAGAAGCUCAAUAGCAAUGAUACCGAUAUUGCCCUCGCUAUUUAGUUGAGCUUUUCGUAGGUCUGCCAAAAAGUGUAUAUACGUCAACAGACCGAUGCCGAUUCCGUGGAUGAAGAGCACUGGUAGUUGCUCGGUGCUUGUCUGUUCGCUAAACCAGUAACCAAGUCUAGCAGCAGGUGACUCGUGUUGCUUCCAUGCCAGUUCCUGUAGUCUAGGAGGAAAUGUUUUGAUCGCAUGCUGUGUCUGGCGCGAAUAAUAUUGGAACCCGCUGAAGCGCAUGGCGAGAUGUGUAAAAGCGUCGACCCAGAAGAUUAUGAUAUACCACAUCAAACCUCGGUACGUAGAGUGUAUAGGGUCUAUAGUCAAUCGCAGACUUUUUGCUGGUCCUUUCCCAAUAGCAAACUUAUAAUCGAGUCGUGUUUCUAUAAUUUCGAUGUACUCGUCUACUUCGUCGUCUAUAUCGUCAUCGAGUCCUGCCGGGAUAUCGUCAUGUUCGAAAAACGCCCAGAGGAUAAACUCCCGAACAUUGUCGCGUCUAAUAUUGGUGAUUUCCGCACCAAGGAACCAGCCUUGAAUAUAGGAUUCUAGAUUCGGGACAUUAUCGAAGCAUUUGUGGAAGAGCGCUCGGCGCGCAUUUCGAGAGAGUGGUUCCGGGUGGACAGCGGCAUCGCUGAGUCGCCGUGUUGCUGGCCAGUAUAUGCAUACUGCGAACACUAGCUCCGCGAUUAUGAGCGCAAUAAUAGACGACGUGACAAUAUGGUCUCGCGCUUUGUUGCCGUAUCGUAGGUACUGGCCGCCGAGGAAGAUGGUGUAGACGACAACGGGGUAUCGCAGGACGAGGAUCGAGAGGCGGAUGAACGCCCACUCGCCAAAGGAUGUACCGAUCAUGCCAUGCGGUUGCUGCUCUGGCGGGGUUUGUAUAUGUAGAAUAGUGAAAAUUAGACGACGGAGAGAUGUUGCCCGUCGUGAUGAAGCUGCGCGAGCGCCUGACAAACAUUGGGUGUCGGUGAGGACAGCGCGUCACGCGGAUCGUCGCUCGUGAUGACGUGCAGCCAUGUUUUAGGUUUUUUUUGGCAGCGAAGGCGAUGUGUAUGGCAGGCUAGUAUGAGGAAGAAAAAUAUAGCGAAAUAUUUUACGCAAUUAGACGAAGUUGACGAUUUUUGAAGAAUGCCAUUAGUCUGUAGAUAUGGCCAUGGUGGACUGUAUUGUAGUGCUGCACAGUAAAGCGUGGACAGGUAUUUGUACAAAGUGGAAUGACAUCACAGCAACAUGUAUACGUAAAAAAAAAUAAAGAUAAAAUCAUCAAGUAACUGAUAGAAGCUUUAUAAGCGAGGUCAUCUCAUGUUAAUAAAACAGAAAGUCUGGCAGUUACAGCACAGGUGCAUCACGCUGCUCAAAGUGUGGAUGACUGACUGGUGCUCUGUUGCUGUUGGUUGGUUAUACGUGCAGUCGAAUACACAACUGGAGAAAAGACAACAGAAGCAAAGACUUUAAAAUUCUAGAAGUAAUACAAUCCUAUUUUCUCAGCCUUACCGAGAGAAUUAGAGCCACCUGCCCCUCCAAAAAAAAAAGCAACGGGAGCCGUUUUUUGCCUUUUGGCCCUCUGUGCCUCCUGUAAGUUAGUGGUCUUGGGUGGAUUGCGCAUUGCAAGGUAUCGAUCACGCAAUCGCAAGCUCGAGCGGGGAUUGGCUGAGAGGCCGCUGCCAAAGGCUCAAGACAGGCACGGUGGAUCUUUCGGUAGACGGGCCGGUGCAAAGAGCUGUAUCAGAUCGAUCUAAUGAACCGUUUUAUCGUGGAGAGGCGUAUUUACUU